UUAAUCGCAAAUAGUCUUUCUGCCUGUUACAAUCUACAUACAUACAUAAGUGUAUUUGUAUGAAACUGAUAUACUCGCCCCCUCGGUCGGGUGCUGCUCAUUAAAGUACGUUUUUUAAGAGCCCUAAUGGAGUUGAGAGAACUUAGUCUGGCCGCGAAUUUCGAUCGAGAACAAUGGUAGAGCAGAGCAGCUAGCAGAGUUAGCCGAAAUCCGCUAAGCUAAGCAAAUAAAUGCACUAAUCAUUCAUCAGUAUUCGGCCAGUACGCAUAGUUUCAACGACUUUGAAAACUUGUUUGAGCAUAAAUUAAAUACAAACAAACACGAAAACAACAACAGAAUAAAGAUGACAACAGAUACGGCGAAGGGCGUCAUAAACAAUGGCUACGAACUGGAUCAUAGGGAACUGGAGAUACCAACUUCGGAACCAUUCAAGGAAAUUCCACACGAAGACCGUAACUUGCCGCAACAGGGAGAAGAUGGAAAGGGAUUCUUCUACAACAAUCCGAAAAUGGGACGCAUCGUGAAGAUUUCAUUUUACGUUCUAUUACACGUUGUGGUCGUGGGCUACUUCUCGUAUGCCACUUAUCACUAUAAUGACAUCACUAAUUACGAGUGCAAUUGGAGCUCAGAUAAUCCUCUUUGUGGAAUCAAUUUCUGCUCAGGCUAUGGUAUGCUCUUGCUCCUGCUGGUAUUCGUCUACUUUGGUCUGUUCUACUACUUUAUAUUCAAGCCCAAAGUGGGAAUCUGGCUACACAGGGAGUACCUAAAGCCGGCUGCCCAAAAGUGGCACAACUUUAGCAGAACCAGAGCUGUCUCGCUGGCCAGUAUAGCCUUGUUACUGGUCUUCCUAGCCAUCUUCCUGUACUUCGAGACUAAGGACGAACCGCUGAAGUUCGUGUCGAUGGUAGCCCCCUGUCGUCUGUUCUGCAAGACGUAUUUGAUAGUUCCCCUGUUGGCAGCUGGGUUCUUCAUGGUGCGCCGGAUCUUGCUGCAGCGGGCGAAGCGGACCCAAGCCUGGAAAAUCGCCGGGUAACAACGAGUCUGGGUCGUCCAGGCAUUACUCCAUUAAAACCCCACCAUCACGUGACACGGAGAGCUCCCUGCCCAAUAGCGUCGGUGACACAUCCCAGAAGUAGUCGAGCAACGGAUAAUCACACGAUUCACACGGGUUUAUAAAACAUAUAACAUACGUCUGAAAUACUACAUACACAUUCCAUGAGAACACUCAUACAUGUGCACGGGUGUGGAUGGAUCCUAAGACUAAAGCAAUUAAAAAAUACUGCACUGUA